CCGAGGACCCUGGGAUCAUGACCUGAGCCGAAGGCAGACGCUUAACCAUCUGAGCCACCCAGACGCCCUUUUUGCAUCUUUCUGUGGAACCAAAUCCUCGAGUCACAGUUUGGAUGUGAAACCGCUGUGGCAGCCCAACUUCGAGAAGCUGUUGACACAGUUGGAAUGGUUCCAGUAACCUACCUUGCAAAACGCUUCGUGUUCAGAGUUUCCUUUGUGAAAACCACAAGCAAAGUGUCAGAGUUUUCCAUUCAGAUCAAGAACUUCAAAUUCCUAGCAUGGAAAAUUCAGAGAAGACAGAAGUGGUUCUCCUUGCUUGUGGUUCCUUUAAUCCUAUCACCAACAUGCACCUCCGGCUAUUUGAGCUGGCCAAAGACUACAUGAAUGAAACAGGAAAAUACAGAGUUAUCAAAGGCAUAAUCUCUCCUGUUGGCGAUGCAUAUAAGAAGAAAGGACUCAUCUCUGCCCACCACCGAGUUAUCAUGGCAGAACUCGCCACCAAGAAUUCAGAAUGGGUGGAAGUUGACACCUGGGAAAGUCUUCAGAAGGAAUGGGUAGAGACUGCUAAGGUGCUAAGACACCAUCAGGAGAAACUGGAGGCUGGGAGCUGUGAUCACCAGCAGGAUUCACCAAUGCUGGGAAAGCCCGGACAGAAAAGGAAGUGGGUGGAACAGAGACAAGAUUUUAGUCAAAAGAAAUUGCUAGAGCCAAAACCAAAAGAUGUGCCAAAGGUAAAGCUGCUGUGUGGGGCAGAUUUAUUGGAGUCCUUUGCUGUUCCCAAUCUGUGGAAGAGUGAGGAUAUCACCCAAAUUGUGGAAGACUACGGGCUCAUAUGUAUUACUCGGGCUGGAAAUGAUGCCCAGAAAUUCAUCUACGAAUCUGAUGCACUGUGGAAACACCGGAACAACAUUCACCUGGUAAACGAAUGGAUCACCAAUGACAUCUCAUCCACAAAGAUCCGGCGAGCCCUCAGAAGGGGCCAGAGCAUUCGCUACUUGGUACCAGACCUUGUCCAAGAAUAUAUCGAAAAGCAUGAUUUAUAUAGCUGUGAGAGUGAGGAGAAGAACGUCGGGGUCAUCCUGGCUCCUUUGCAGAGAAUGUACAAAUCCUUGAAUCUUUAAAAUGGGAUUAAUGGCACUAAAAUCAGAAGACAUUCAGUUUAACUACAAAUACGAAGUCAAAAAGGACAUUUUGGCUUGACCACGUAAGAGGAACAAAGUGGGAAAAGCAAGAGUCCAUUUAAAAUGCUAACUUUAGGGGGCGCCUGGGUGGCUCAGUCGGUUAAGCGGCUGCCUUCAGCUCAGGUCAUGAUCCCAGGGUCUGGGGAUCAAGCCCCACAUUGGGCUCCAUGCUCAGCGGGAAGCCUGCUUCUCCCUCUCCCUCUCCCCUACUUGUGUUCCCUCUCUCCUGUCUCUCUCUCUGUCAAAUAAAUAAAAUCUUAAAUAAAUAAAUAAAUAAA